UUGUAAGUCUGAUAUUCGAGAAUAAUAGACAACGAAUGAAUAUCAAUAAAAAUUUUUGACAUUCAUUCUUAAAACAUUAAAUGUUUUACGAGUAAUUCAAAUAAUUCAUUGUAUUCAAUUAUUUUAAUGCGUAAAAACUAUUGAACAUGAAUGACCAAGAAGAUUUCUUUUAUAACCGUGACAUGUUUUUUGAGGAAUUGUCUCAAAGCAUCGAAAGAAAAAAAUUAUCUACAAAUGCAUUAUUUACCAAUUAUUUUAACGAUUUUAAGGAUAUUGUUCAACAUAAUGGACUAAAUGACAGAGAAAUGAAUAUUAUUUGUCAACUAUUGUGUAAUGUUGAUUUAAGUUUACAAAAUUUCAAAAAAAUCCUUUUAAUAUUAGUACCUGAAGAACCAACAAUACCUUCUAAUGUGUGUGAAGAACUUAUAAUUUGGGCUUUGUCAGUUUAUCGUAUCAAUGUUAGUUAUGAAACAAAAUCUCAAUAUUUCUUUUUCUGGCUUUUAUAUGUAGUAGAAGAAAAGUUGACAAAUAUGGAUGUAAUUGAUAAAUAUUUCAAAUUGUUUUUUUUUCUUUGUGAUUAUGGCAAUUUGAAUCAACCAGUUUCUGGUAUUUUAUACUAUUUAAUAAAACCAGAUGAUGUGGAAAAAUGGAUGGUAUCAAAAUGUAAAAUGUAUAAUUUGUGCUAUAAAAGUCAACCAUUUAUGGAUAAACUAUUGAAUUUUUUGGAAAGUUCAAAUAUACUUCAAGAAACUCGUUGCAAAGGUCUUUUUGAUAGUAAUACUAAAUUCUGUAAAGAACUGGCAUAUGGUCUUCGAAGUGUGAGGAAAGAAAUUGUUCAUCUGCGUCCAUCUAUUAAUUCUCAACAACUAAUGGAAUUUAGACAUAAAAAUUUAGGGAAAACUUCAAUUAAUAGAAUCCAAAUUUUUAAUGAAAGAACAAAAUUUGAGUUACCUUGUGCUGAAAAUUUAUCAAAAGCUUUUAUGAAACAAAGCAUAUCUAAUAAUAGUUUAUUAAAUCUAAACAACAUUAGUGGAUGGUGCAAAUUGCUAUUAAAUACUGACAAAGACCUCAAUUUACAAAAUAGAUUUUCAAAUAACUUAGCACAUACUCUUGAUCAAAUCUUUUUGAAAAAUGAAUUGAUUUUACCACAGUCAAAGAAAUUAAAGUUAUUACAAGAUGUUUUGAUGUUUCAAAAGUUUGCUCACAGAGGUUUAGUUGCAGUUAAUAAAUUUAUCUUCGAGUAUUUACUAUCAUGGGAUGGAAUACAGUAUGCUAGAAUUAUUUAUGAACUCUUUGAAUAUUUAACUUUUACAUCAGAAGAAGAAUUAAGGACAAAAUUUUUAGAAAAAUUACAUGCUAUAUUUAUAUCUGGCGAUGAAUUAAUAUACAGAAUGGUCAUAAACUCUUUAACAAAUCUUUUGUGUAAUUUGCAUUUAAAUUCAAGACAAACAAUAAACACUUCAGUUGUAGUUUUAUUUGGAAAUAAACUAAGAGAAGAAACGGAAUAUGAAAUAGUGAAGUGUCUAACUGAUUAUGUAUCUCAUUGGUGUUCAGUUUGUGUUUAUCACUAUCCUCAUGAUGAACUAUUAAAAAAUACAAUAUACAAUUUUUUUGAAAAAGUUAACAUUUUAGAGAAUUUGCAACCUAAUAUGUGGUCUAUGUGGACUCUUAUGCCACCCAAUGUUUUUUAUAAUGGUCUUAUGUCUAUUAAUAUUUACUGGUUAAACAGAUUAUCUAAACUAAUGUUGAGACACAUAAAUUAUGAUGUAUUAAGAAUAUCAGAAGUGGAUAAUGCAGUCAUAAUUAAUACAUUACAAAGAUUUGAAGAAUAUAUGGGAGAUUUCUAUAAUGCUUUAUAUGUUGGAGAGCUAUUUGAGAAACGUGAAGAAGGAUUUUUAUUUAAUAAAUUGAAAAAACAAGAUAUUUUAACUGAAUUAAAAAUGGUCAAUCUGAAUACAUGUUUUCAAGUAGAAAAACACAUUGCCUUAGCACCAUACUUUAUGAAAGAUGAAAAUUCAAAAAAGGAUCCAAUGGAAAUUCUACAAAUAGAAGCAUCCAACAUACACACAUUGCUUGUAACAUUAGAUGAGAGAUUACAAAAUAGUAAUGAAUAAACAUUAUUUAUUUACAAAAAUGUAUUGUAAUAUUUUUGUUAGUUUUUAAUAUUACAUGAUAUUUUAUUUAUUAUUAUUCUAAUGAAUAAGUACUGUAUUUAUCCAUGUAAUAUUAUGCUUCCAUAAUUAUCUAGUAGUGCAUCAACUAAUGUAUAUAUUUUUACUAUCAAUUUUUAUGUUAACGAAUACAUUAUUUUUUUGUUAUUUUA